AUGGACACUGAGUUGAUGCUUGCAAUUGUACUAGAAAAGCAUGAUAAUCACUCCUAUUUGUCAAUAAAACAAGUAAAAAUUCCAGUUCCAAAAUGAGGACAAGUUUUAAUUAAAGUUGACAUUGCUCCGAUGAAUUUAUAUGAUCUGGAUCGAGUCGAUAAAUUUUCUCAAAUACAGAAUUUCUCUCCAAAAAUCCUAUAUUUAUUUCGUUUUAUUAUAAAUUUUCUUAUAAGAUAAUAAUUUCCUAUUUUCAUAAAAAAAUAAAUAUUUAUUAAUAAUAAAAUAAUCAUAGUAAAAAUAAUAGGAAUUGAAGGGAGUGGAAUUGUAAUGAAAAGUGGAGGUGGACUGAAGUCCUGAAAACUUGUUGGCAGUAAAGUCCAAUUUGCUCAGUUUGACGACACUCUAUCUGGCUCUUGAGCUGAAUAUAUUGUCUGCAAUGCCACCUCUUGUGUAGUAGUCAAAAACCAAUAUAAAGACCUAACGAAUUUUUUUGGAAUUUGAAAUUUUUUGAUGCAAGAAAUGAUAAAAGAUAUUAUUGAUACAAAUAAACAUAAAGCCAUUUUAUUUACUUCAAAAGAUAAAAAUAUAUGGCAAUCUGUGCUGCAAUUUUGUAAAAAUAAAAAAAUUAAAUCUAUAAACAUUGUGGAAUCAGCUGAAGAAUGGAAUUUUGUUAGGAAAUUUGAAGGAAAUUGUAUGAUAAAAAAUAAUGAAACAAAAAUGGACGAAAAACUUAAUAGGGCUGCUUGCGAAUUUCAGCCAACUUUAGCGUUUGACUGUCUUGGAGGUGGCGUAUCAAGCAAGCUGCUUAGCACACUAAAAGAUGGCGGCGAAUUGUAUUUAUAUGGUGAUAAACUUAAUGAGACUCUACAGGAUAUACCGUUUUCGGAUCUGAUUUAUAAUGAAAAAAAAAUACGAGGGCUUGACAUCACGUCUUGGUUUAACAAAAAAAGUUCAGUUGAGAAAAUAAUGCUCCUUUCCAGCGCAAUAAAUAACGACGAUUUUUAUUUAAAAAUUGAAAAUCCUAUCCCAAUGCCAGCAUUUUCCGAUGGAUUUUUACAGGUGAAAGAAAGCAAAACAAUUUUUUUGAAAAUGAAUGUGGAGACUGAUUUAUCAAACAUUAAAAGAUUUUACCUAAAUUUUAUCCCUUUUCAGCUGUGCCUCGAUGAAUGCAAUGAUAAGCAUCAUGAUAUAACAUAUAAAAAACAAUUAUUUUUAUAAUUAUAUUAUAUUUUUUUAUAAAAAUAAACAGAAUUUUAGAUAUAACUACUUCAGAAACAAGAAUUUCAGAUCAAACAACAAAUACUGAGGAAUCUAAAAAUUUCCCGUUUGAGUGGAAAUUCGAAGACGCUUUAAAUUCCAGCAGAGAAGAGUAUUUUUUAGAAAAUGAUAACAGGCCAAAAUACCUGAAUAUGGCUGUAUAUGAAGUAAAUGAUACAGAAGAAGCAGCACUUAGGGUAAAAGAAAUCAAAAAUUUAGAAAAAUUCGAAUGGGAUUUUGAGCUAAAUGAUGGAGUUGAGGUUAGCUUUAAACAGAUAGAAAUUUUGGAAGAUUUAAGUGUAUAUAAAGGAGAAUGGGCAAAUAACAAGCCGCACGGUAAAGGGAUAAGGUUUUAUACAGAUGGGUCAAUUUAUGAAGGAUACUGACAGUAUGGAAAACCUAAAGGAAAAGGAAGAUUUAUAAAUUCAGAUGGAGAAGUUCGAAACAUAAAUUAA